AUGGCAGGAGCAAGGCAAAACUUUGCAGUGGGCAGGCAUCGCCAUCAACCUGCAGGAGGCAAUCACCACAAUCAACUCGUAACUUAUCUAAGAAGCAAAUUAGAGAGCCUAUCUGCGGAAUCCGAAGACCGCUGCAUCCACGCCGUCCCGUACAAGAUCCGCAAGACCCACAGGGAGGCCUUCGCGCCCAAGCAUUUCUGCAUCGGCCCGUUCCACCGCGGCAAGCAGAGCAAGACAAUGGAGAAGCACAAGUUGAGGUACCUCGAGAGCUUUCUGGGGCAGCAACCGAACCGGUUGGAAGAGUGCCUUGCCGCCAUCCAGAAGUUGGAGGACCGGACUCGCCAGUGUUACUCGGAGAAGAUCGAUCUCGACAGUGGGGAUUUCGUCACGAUGGUUCUUGUGGAUGGUGCAUUCAUCGACGAGCUGUUCUUGUUGAAUCAUUUCCCGAAAAGAAGGGCCGCGAACGAUAUCAUCUUCGACCCGCAAAAGAAGGUGAUGAUCGCCGAAGUGAGAAGGGACUUGAGUUUGAUGGAGAAUCAACUCCCCUUUUUCGUUCUCAAAGACUUGUUCGGUUUCGCAGCCGGGACUCAAUCGGGAGAACUCCCAUCUUUGCUGAAGCUCGCCUAUGAUUUCUUCAAGGUCGGAGCGAAUCUCACAGAGGAAUGGGAUAGGAUCUCUGAACGCGAUGUCAAGCAUUUAUUGGAUGCUUUGAGAUCUUGGUACUUGCCCACCGAGAAAGUGGCACGAGUCUCUCCGUCAAAGAGGAUAGAACCGAUGCCCCGGGCGAAGCAGCUUCGAGCAGCAGGAGUGAAGUUCAAGAAAAGCGAGAGCAACUGCUUGUUCGAGAUCAAAUUCUCAAGGGGUGGUGAGCUUGAAAUCCCAUGUCUCGAGCUAUUUCCCGAAAUCGAGUCUUUCCUCAGAAACGUGAUGGCUUUCGAGCGCUCCUGUUAUGGAGAUGACAGUUACUUCAUCGAUUAUGUAGCCUUUCUGGGGAAUCUCAUCGACACUAGAGCUGAUGCGAAGCUGAUGAUCAAGAAAAAGAUAAUCCAUAUCGGCGACUGGUCGGGGCAUGACGAGACGGUGACGGGGAACGAUGAGGCAUUGGCAAAUCUUUUCAACAGCUUCGGAAACGAGAGCCGUUUUCGGACGAAGAACGCUGGUUUCUGCACCCUCCGGCAUGAACUGAAAACUUAUCGCAGGACUCCUUUGCACAAGUUGAAGUUUAGCAUAAAAGGCAAUUCCGUGUCCAAGAAGAAGCAUCAAGUUUGA